AUGGUUUCUAAUGCUUAUGUGUAUGGAUUCAUUAAUACCUGCCUGAAAUCUCUGCUAGUGGAGAACUUUGGUGAAGACACAUGGGAGGCCUUGAGAGCACAGGCUGAAGUUCAAGACACCUUUAUGACCUACCAGGUUUACGAUGACGUUAUCACACUGAGUCUUCUGCACGCAUCAUCUAACAUGCUCAACCUAUCCACUGAGGUGCUUUUGAAACUCUUUGGAGGAUACUUCUUCACUUUUUGUAAGAUGUCUGGCUAUGACAGGAUGCUACGCACAUUGGGAGGAUCACUGAUGGAGUUUAUUGAAAAUUUAGAUGCCCUUCACAGCUAUCUUGCACUGUCGUAUCAGGCAAUGAGAGCACCGUCUUUUCGAGUGGAAAUGAGGGACAAUGGAGAGAUGUGGCUUCAUUAUUAUUCUGACAGGAAAGGUCUCUACCACAUUGUCCCAGGGAUAAUAGAAGCCGUUGCAAUAGACUUCUUUGAAACAGAGGUGGAGAUGGAAAUCCUGAACCGGUCAGAAGAGGAAGAAUGCACAGAGGAAAAGGAGCAUGUGAUUUUCCUUGUUGUCCAGAAGAAAUGCUCAAGGAGAAGGAGGGAGAGGCUGGAAGGCAACUCACAGUCCACAGGGAAGGAGGACAUUGAGAAGCACCUGAUCAAUCAUGCAUCAUCUCAUAGGUCGGGGAGAAGGACAUACUGGGACAUUGUCAGGAGUGUUGUGAAAUUAGGCUAUGGUAACUUGCUGUACUCCUUUGAGCCAGUUUAUCCGGAGAAGCUCUGGAUCGACAACAAAGCUUUCUGUGACGCAUUCCCUUUCCAUAUUGUCUUUGAUAAGGAGCUAAGGGUGAAGCAGGCAGGAGUGAAUAUCCAGAAGUAUGUGCCAGGGUUACAAAUGAAGGACGUUAACAUCGACGAGUACUUCACUAUCACCCAUCCAGCAGUGCCGUUUACCAUUUCCAGCAUAAGAAAGUUUAUUAACAGCCAGUUUGUACUGAAAACUCGGAGAGAAAUGAUGCCGGUGUCUUGGAGAAGUCAACCAAUGCUGAAACUCAGAGGGCAGAUGCUGUGGAUGGGAUCCCUCCAGUGCAUGAUCUACUUGUGCUCGCCACAGCUGCGCUGCCUCCAGGAACUGGAGGAGAGGAAAAUGCAUCUUGCUGAUAUUGCCCAACAUGACACCACCCGAGACCUCAUCCUCCUCAACCAGCAGCGGCUGGCUGAGAUCGAAUUGUCCAAUCAGCUUGAGCGUAAGAAGGAAGAGCUUCGGAUCCUGUCUAAGAACCUGGAGGUGGAAAAGAAAAAGACCGAGGUGCUGCUGUAUGCCAUGCUGCCCAGGCAUGUGGCCAACCUGCUGAAGGAAGGCAAGCCAGUCGAAGCAGGGGACUUCAAAGAAUGCACUGUUCUCUUUAGCGACGUGGUGACGUUUACCAACAUCUGUGCUGCUUGUGAGCCCAUCCAGAUUGUCCACAUGCUCAAUUCUAUGUAUUCCCGAUUUGACCGCAUAACGUCCGUCCAUGAUGUUUACAAGGUGGAAACAAUUGGAGAUGCCUACAUGGUUGUCGGCGGGGUUCCAGUACCCGUAGCAAGCCAUGCAGAAAGGGUUGCCAACUUUGCCCUGGGAAUGAGGAUUGCGGCAAGAAAGGUGAAGAACCCAGUUACUGGGAAUCCAAUUCAGAUCCGAGUUGGCAUUCAUUCUGGACCCGUCCUGGCUGGAGUGGUAGGACAGAAGAUGCCGAGGUAUUGUUUAUUUGGUGACACAGUUAACACUGCCUCAAGGAUGGAGAGCCAUGGAUUGCCAGGGAAAAUCCAUCUCAGUGCAUCAACGAAUAGAGCACUGCAGAAGAAAGGUUUUGAAAUAGAGGAAAGGGGGGCGAUAACAGUGAAAGGCAAAGGAAAAAUGAUCACCUACUUCCUUGUCCAGAACCUGGGUGCCACAGAGGAAGAAAUUAUGGGACAGCCAUUGACAGCCGAUGAAGAGAAUCCUAACCAAACUGCUGAGAACAGCAAGGGGAAAUCAAACCAUAAUGAUCAAAAUAAUAAUGACGAUGAAGAUUGCAAAACCAUUGUUGCUAUGAAAUACGCUGACAGUGAGAAUGAACCUGCAAAUGGCUGCACACUUUCUGGUGGAGAGGUCAGCAGAUCCAAGUGUAACAAGAGCCCAGAGAAUAGUGCAGAGUCUAGGGAAGAGGAUGGAGCAAAGUCGGGACUGGACCUGAAUAAUGAGGAGCAUCUCAAUAUGGAAAAUGGAAAGUCAGAGUUCUGUGUCAUGUUGUAA